CAAAUAGAAAGCAAAUACUUCAGCUUAAUCGUUGACACCCAUUGGGAAAGCCAGAAUCCGCUGCUCUUCAUCCCUCCCGAAAGCACUGCUUUAUGGGCYGUUUGCCUCAGUUCCUUUAGCUUAUCCGGAGCGCCGCAAAGCACGACCAGCUUAGCUCGGCUUAGCCCUCCCAAAGCCCAAAGGCGCCCUUUAUUGGCGCUGAAUAACUUACCAGAACCACAUUGUUCUUCUACGCCUCUGCUGAUUGGGUUCCCUGAUCCCUCUCCUCUUUACUCUCUGUCUGCAGUCACCAGUUAGUGGGGGGAGAGAGUAACAUCCAAGGAUCCAUCGCCUUGUCUUUCUCUUGGUUCUAUUGAACCAAGCAGGCUUCAGUCUUCUUGAAGACGGAGAAAAGCAGUGACAUCGAGGAUGGUGUUGUGGGUAUUUGGAUAUGGGUCCUUAAUUUGGAGAGCUGGCUUUCAUUACGAUGAUCGCCUUGUCUGUUUCAUCAGAGGCUAUCGUCGAGUCUUCUACCAAGGCAGCACAGACCAUCGAGGGACUACAGAGUACCCGGGUAGAACAGUGACAUUGGAGCCUGCAGAGGACGAAAUCUGUUGGGGAGUUGCUUAUAAGGUCUCAGGGGAGGAGGAUGAACAGAUUGCGUUGGAGUAUUUAGAAGUAAGGGAGAAGCAGUAUGAUGUGAAGGCUUAUCUUGACGCCUUUACUGAUCUAGAGUCUACAACUCCUGAAGUCUCUGGGGUAAUGGUGUACAUAGCAUCAUCAGACAAGAUGUCCAAUAAGAAUUACUUGGGCCCUGCAUCACUAGAAGAGAUGGCCAACCAAAUUGUCCAUGCAGAAGGCCCCUCGGGACCCAAUAGAGACUAUCUUUUCCAUCUUGAGAAAGCUCUUCUUCAAUUAGGAUGUGAAGAUAAUCAUGUCAUGGAACUUGCGAAAGUAGUUAGACAAAAGCUCUCACAGAGCAAGGAGACGGAUUCAUGACCAGUGCAGAGUAUGCAUCUGGGGCUUGUUGAGCCUCCAUGAUUGUUUUAUUUUCAAAGUUGAUGUGCAAUAACAACAUUGUUUGUGCAGAACACUACUCAGCCCAUUAUUAGCUGCCCAAGAAAGUAAAAUACUAGAUUCCUUGAGUUCAUUGCAUAUUUAUCCUCCAUUGUGAUAAAAAUCUCUCAUGGUUAUGGUAUAAGAUUCUCUGAAAAAUUAUCUGCUUUGCUGAUAUCAGGAUCAGGAACACCGGAUUGAGCUUCAGUAGUUCUAGUAAUUGUUAAAUGCAUGAUUGCAUUAGCACAUAAACUUCAUACAUAUAUCGUGAUUCAUGAGGAUCAAGUGUUAAAUUUCUGAACUCACUCCAGAGAAAUUCAAUUUCAUGAAAUUGCUUGGCAUUGUA